GGUAACCGCGGCGCCGACUCCGCGCAGGCUGGGACCUUCUCUCCGCGCCAUUUUCAAACUGUCCCAGAGCCGGAGCCGGAGUCUAGGGCUGAAGGAGCCAGCGAGAGAGGCGAGGCCUGAGAGGUGAUACGGCCGCAGGCGGAGGGAGCGGCGGCCGGAGGUGUGGGAGUUUCUCCUGACCUGCAUCAAUCAGGUCCCUCUUGUGGAAGGAACCUAGAAAGUCCAUGGAGACACAACUGAAAGAAAAGGUUAGCAAGAGCGUGGAGAGAAAAGAUUUGUAGAAAGGAGUAAUCAAGGAGAGGUACUACCUUAGAAGUGAUUUGGGCUUUAAUUUUGGGGAGUGAAUAAAACUACUUUUGGAAGACAAGAUGACUACAGCUGCAGAAAGAAAGUAUAUUAAUAUUAGAAAAAGAUUGGAUCAGUUGGGAUACCGCCAGACUCUGACAGUGGAGUGUUUACCUUUGGUAGAAAAACUUUUCAGUGACCUAGUUCAUACAACAGAAAGUCUUCGGAAAUCAAAAUUAUCUGCUGUGAAAGCUGAAAAAGAAAGUGCCAAUUUUGAUUUUGUUUUGGAACCUUAUAAACUUGAAAAUGCAAGAUUGAUAAAGGAAAAUAAUGAAUUAUACCUGGAAUUAAUGAAACUGAGAGAACAAUCAAGCCAACAUAUUAAAGAGUUGAAAACUACAUUGAAGAAGUGUGCACGUGAAACAGCUGAUCUGAAGUUUCUAAAUAACCAAUAUGUUCAUAAACUCAAACUUUUGGAAAAAGAGAGUAAAGCUAAGAAUGAAAGAAUUCAACAACUUCAAGAAAAGAAUUUGCAUGCUGUAGUACAAACUCCAGGUGGCAAGAAAAGAAGUAUUGCUUUCAGGCGCCAGCGUAUGCAGAUAGACGAACCAGUCCCUCCCUCCGAAGUCAGUUCAUACCCAGUUCCUCAGCCAGAUGACCCUUACAUUGCAGACCUCCUGCAAGUGGCUGAUAACAGAAUUCAAGAACUUCAAGAGGAAGUCCACCAGUUACAAGAAAAGUUAGCAAUGAUGGAAAGUGAACUGCGAGAUUAUAACCAGCAGAUUGAGCUAAGAGAACGAGAGAUAGAACGACUAUCAGUUGCAUUGGACAGUGGCCGUUCCCCUGAUGUCCUCUCUCUGGAGACUAGAAACAAAACCAAUGAAAAGCUUAUUGCUCAUUUAAAUGUUCAGGUUGACUUUCUUCAGCAAGCUAAUAAAGACCUGGAGAAGCAUAUACAGGAGCUUAUGGAAACCAAGGAAACCGUAACUACUGAAGUUGUUAAUUUAAGUAACAAAAAUGAAAAACUCUGCCAAGAAUUAACCGAAAUAGACCAGUUAGCACAGCAGUUGGAAAGACAUAAAGAAGAAGUGCUUGAGACUGCUGAUAAAGAACUUGGGGAAGCAAAGAAAGAGAUUAAAAGAAAGCUUUCUGAAAUGCGGGAUCUUGAAGAAACAAUGGCAAAACUUCAACUGGAAUUAAACUUAUGCCAUAAAGAAAAGGAGAGACUGAGUGAUGAACUCCUUAUAAAAUCAGACCUGGAAACUGUUGUUCAUCAGCUUGAACAAGAAAAGCAAAGACUUAACAAAAAAAUGGAAAGUUUUGCAGUUACAGAAAGAGAACUUACUCUGGAAGUUGAAAGGAUGAGGCUAGAACACGGAAUAAAACGUCGAGACAAGUCACCCUCUCGUUUAGAUACGUUUCUGAAAGGUAUAGAAGAAGAACGAGAUUUUUAUAAGAAAGAGCUGGAAAGACUCCAACAUAUAAUACAGCGAAGAUCUUGUUCUACAAAUUAUUCUACACGUGAAAAAAUUCCAAUAUUUAAAACACUAGAAAAGGGUGAUUACAACUCAGAAGUUCAUCUGAUCACAAGAGAAAGAGAUGAACUUCAGCGUAUGCUGGAAAGAUUUGAAAGACAUAUGGAGGAUAUACAGUCCAAUGUUAAAUUGUUGACAGCAGAAAGAGAUAAACUAAGUGUCUUAUAUAAUGAAGCUCAGGAACAGUUACGUGCCCUAAGACAAGAAUCCACCCAAACCACAGCCUCCCAUAAUAUUAUUAGUCUUAUGGAAAAAGAAAAAGAACUUGCAUUAUCUGACUUAAGAAGGAUUAUGGCAGAAAAAGAAGCUUUAAAAGAAAAGUUAAAAAAUCUCCAGGAAAUGAGUAUUUUUGAAAAAUCAAAAUUAGAGAAAACUAUCGAACAUUUGACACGUGUUAAUCAUCAGCAUGAAGAUGAAAAGUGUGAAUUAAAGUCUAAAAUGUUAAUAAUGAAAGAAACAGUAGAGUCAUUAGAGAACAAAGCAAAACUCCAAGCUCAAAAACUUAGCCAUGUGGCUGGUGACUCAUCUCAUCACAAAACAGAGAUGAACUCACUUAGGUUAGUAAAUGAGCAGCUACAGCAGUCACUUGAUGAUUGUCAGCAUCGGCUUUCCAAAAAAAGAGGUGAACUUGAAUCAGCCCAAUCACAAAUUAAGUUACUGGAGGAAAAAAUAGGUAAACUACACCUUCAGAUGACUUCACAGAGUGAAGAGGCUCAUGUAAUGAAAAAGACCAUUGGUGCUAUUGAUAAAGAAAAAGACUUUCUUCAGGAGACUGUAGAUGAGAAGACCGAAAAGAUUGCAAACUUGCAAGAAAACCUGGCUAAUAAAGAAAAAGCUAUUGCUCAGAUGAAGAUAACAGUCUCAGAGUAUGACUCUUCUAUGAACCAGCUAAAGGAAACGUUGACUAGUCGGGACCGAGAAAUAAGCAGCCUCCGGCGCCAGCUUGAUACAGCUCACAAAGAACUUGAUGAAGUAGGAAGAUCUAAAGAAGUGUCUUUUAAGGAAAACAGAAGAUUACAAGAUGAUCUGGCUACAAUGGCAAGAGAAAACCAGGAAAUCUCAUUGGAAUUGGAAGCAGCAGUGCAAGAAAAAGAAGAAAUGAAGAGUAGAGUUCAUAAUUACAUAACUGAGGUGUCACGAUGGGAGAGCUUAAUGGCUGCUAAGGAAAAAGAAAAUCAAGAUUUGUUAGAUAGAUUUCAGAUGCUUCAUAACCGUGCUGAAGACUGGGAGGUCAAAGCCCAUCAAGCUGAGGGAGAAAGCAGCUCAGUUCGACUGGAACUUCUUUCUAUUGACACAGAGAGGAGACACCUUCGAGAAAGGGUAGAGCUACUAGAAAAAGAAAUUCAGGAGCACAUAAAUGCACAUCAUGCUUAUGAGUCUCAGAUCUCAUCAAUGGCAAAAGCCAUGUCUAGAUUAGAAGAAGAGCUGAGACACCAAGAAGAUGCAAAAGCAGCAGCGUUGAAUGAUUUGUCGUCUCUUAGAGAACUUUGCAUUAAGCUGGAUUCAGGCAAAGAUCUUAUGACCCAACAACUGAAUUCCAAAAACCUGGAGUUUGAGAGGGUUGUGGUGGAAUUAGAAAAUGUAAAAUCAGAAGCAGACCUGUUCAAAAAACAACUGGCAAGUGAGAGACAUACAAUUAAAAGCCUUGAAUCAUUGUUGGCUACAAAUAGAGAUAAAGAAUUUCAUUCUCAUUUAACCUCCCACGAGAAGGAUACAGAAAUUCAGCUACUUAAAGAGAAGUUAACCCUUUCAGAAAGCAAAUUAACUAGUCUAGGCCGGGAAAACACCAUGCUUCGGGCUAAAGUGACACAGUUACAAACCGAUCAUGAUGCUAUGAAAAGGCAGAUUUCAACUGAAAGAUAUGAACGAGAAAGAGCAAUCCAAGAGAUGCGUCGACAUGGUCUUCCCACACCACCCCUUAGUUCAACUCUGAGGUCUCCUUUACAUUCUCCUGAACAUAUAAGCUGUUAAUUAUCAUAAAGGUAAGUAUGUAACACUAGGACAAGCAAAACUAAUCUGUAAUUAUAAAAAUUCAGAAAGUAGUUUUCAGUGUGGAGGGAGGGGAGAUUUUGCCUACAAAGGUGAUCGGGGGAAUUUUGUGAAGUAAUGAAGGGUUCUGCGUCUUGGUGAUGGCUGCACGGGUAUAUACAAUUGUAAAAACUCAUUGACCUGAACAUUAACAGUCCACGCAUUUUAAUGUAUGUAGAUUAUACCUCGAUUAAAGAAGAAAAGGCAUCCACAACAAAAUAUUAAAUGACAGGAUGAGAUAUCACGCAGUAACACUUGAUGAAGUGCCACAUUCAACAUACAAAUAACAGGUGGUAAAAGAACAGACAGCGGUGUACAAAUGGGAAUGCACAUGACACAGUAGACUCAAUCUGACAGGAAUGGCAGGUUGUCGGGGAAUAAUGAGGGAGAAAGGCAUGGCAGGCAGGGUGGGACACAGAGGGUAUAUUGAAUGUGAGGCUCAACUAGAGGUUGUAGUCUUAUCUCUGUAAGUCAAGGGGAGCCGUUGAAGGUGCUUCUGUGUAUAAUAUGGAUACAAGGGAGGGAUUAAGAUGGUGGAUUAACUUCAUAACUAUAUUUGGGCCAUAUUGGGGAAGAUAGAAAUGAGAGGCAGAGACCAGAAAGAGCUAUGAGAGGAACAGUAUAUUCAGUUCAGGAUCUGUGGAAUAAUGUUGAAAGCUAGGACAAAUUUAAAAAAAAAAUUUUUUAAUGUUUAUUUUUGAGACAGAGAGAGACAGAGCAUGAACAGGGAAGGGUCAGAGAGAGGGAGACACAGAAUCUGAAACAGGCUCCAGGCUCUGAGCUGUCAGCACAGUGCCCGACGCGGGGCUAGAACUCACGGACCGUGAGAUCAUGACCUGAGCCGAAGUCGGCCGCUUAACCAACUGAGCCACCCAGGCGCCCCGAAAGCUAGGACAAAUUUUAAAAACAAAUGACAUAUAUAUAGAAAAGUGCCAUAUCCUAGCAUACAGCUCAGUGAGUUUUCACAAAUUGAAUACACCUGUGAAUAACCUACACCCAGAUCAAGAAACAAAACACAUCCCUCUUGGGCUCUCUCCUGCUUAUAAGCCCUGCUCCAGAAGUAACUAUUCUGCCUAUUAAAAACAUAGAUUUCUUUUGCCUGUUUUUGGACACUUUUUAAACGAAAUCUUACAUUUCUGGCUUGUUUUCCUCCACAGUACAUCUGUGAGAUUCAUUCAUACUGGUGUGUGUUCUUGUAGGUUGUUCAGUCUUGUUGCUGCAUAGUAUCCCCACAGUCCAUUUACCCAUUUUAUUGUUGAUGGGCAUUUGGCAAUUUCCAGUUUGGGCUAUUGUAGAGUUACGAUGAACAUUCUAUUCUAGUACCUGUGUGUUGGUGACCAGAUGUGUGCAUUUCUUUUGAGUAUAUACGUAGGAGUGAAGUUGUUGGGUCACUGGACAUGCAUAUGUUCAAGCUUGAGUAGACAGAGCAAAGUGGUCGUAAAGAGGUAGGAUACAUAUAACAGAAGAAGGGUCAAAGGGAUGUGCUGAUUCAUUGGAGAUGGGAAUGAAUGGGAAAGAAGUCCUGCAGGACCAGGGCUUGAAAGGUAGGUUGACCGCAAAAUGCAGGCUUGCUGACAGAAAUAGUAAAGUCAUUCUUUUUUAAAAAUAUGCAUUUCUUUGCCUUCUUUUAAGUAGAAGCAUAUAGAAGAUAAUUAAGCAUUUCCUCAAUGACUCAGAAUUCUCAUUAUGAACAUUAAUUAUGUAAUGUGUUUUGACAUACUGAUCUGCCAGGUUUUAUUGGUAUUUGUAGAGCGUAGGUUUAAAUGAGUCCUGAUUGCUGUACUUUUCUUUUGUGUGUGUUUGUUUGACUAAAACAUGCAUUUUCCUCUUUCACUUUGAGGACUACUUCUCAAUGCUGGCUACAAUCACUGUGUCCUCACAACUUCUAAGCUGCUGCAUUAAUUUGAAUGUGAUUACAUGGAGGUUCAGCUUCUCGUUAUAAAGCCUUGUAACAGUUGUGACACAUACAUUUUCUCAUACUGGAUUCACAGCUGCAUUUUAGACCAGAGAUUGGUAAACUAAGGUCUGUGAGCCAAAUCCACUCCACUGCCUAUUUUUGUAAAUCUAGCAUAGCCACACCUGUUUGUUUACACAUGGUCUAAGACUGCUUUCCUACAGAGGUGGAAUUGAGUAGUUGUGACAGAGACCCCGUGGCCCACAAAUCUAAAAUAUUUACUACCUGGCUUUUCACACUAUGUAACCUCUGGAAAACUCUGCUGUGUACCUGUGAGAGAAUAAGAGUGAAAAAAACAAAUAAUUCUUUGGUUUUAUGAAAAUAGGCUUUACCUUAUAGAUGCUCAAAAAAGGUCUUGGAGACUCCAGAGAUACCCAUAUUAUACUUUCAGAACCACUGAUUUAGAACAUGCUGGAUUUAGCAAUCUCUAAAGCUGUGAUUAUUUAGAAAACUUUGUUUUGUUUGUUUUAAACAUUUUUUAAAAAAUAAUCUCGAUGUCCAACAUGCAGCUCAAACUCACAACCCUGAGAUCAACAGUCACAUGCUCCACCAAGUGAGCCAGCCAGACCCCCCAAAUUAGAACACUUUAUCACAAAUUGUGAUAAAAUAUAUGUAACAUGAACUUUGCUAUCUUAACUGUUUUUAAAGUGUGCAACUCAGUGGCAUUAAAUUCAUAAUGUUGUACAACCAAAACCACUACUUCCAAAAUUUUUUCAUCACUCCAAACAGAAACUCUAUAUCCUUUAGGCCAUAAUUCUUCAGUCCCCUGUCUACCUCCCCAGGCCCUGAAAGUCUGUAAUCCACUUUUCUGUCUCUUGCCCAUUCUAGCUUUUCAUAUAAGUGAAAUCAUACUAUAUUUGUCCUUUUGUGUCAGGCUCAUUUUACUUAGCAUAAUGUUGUCAGGACUCGUAUGUUGAAACAAUUUGUUUCUUUUUUUAUGCUUGAAUAAUACUCCUUUGUGUGUUUAUGCCACAUUUUGUUUGUCCACUCAUCAGUUGAUGGACACCUGGGUCGUUUUCACCUUCUAGCUAUUGUGAAUAAUGCUGCUAUGAACAUUGGUGUUCAAGUACCUGUUUUCAAAUCUUCUGGGAGUAGAGUUUCCGGGUCAUAUAGUAAUUCUGUGUU